CGUUCGUCGCACCACGUGCCCUCCUGGCCGCACCCCCAGCUGCCCUUUCCAACUGCCUGUUGGAAGCUGCUGUGAAAUGUCGUGAAGGGCGCUGCCGCUUUACGGUUGCCUCUCCCAGACCGGAGCCCGGGAGCGCCCACCGCCGUCAAUCCUGUCUCUAAGAGUCGGCCCGGCGGAGAGUGAGAGAUCCGGUGCACCGCUGCUCUCCCCGCUGCGCCUGUUCCGGCCCCCGGCGAUGUGAGCUCGAGGAGGCUGCGGUGCCCCCUGGCCCGGGGUUGAGACGGACGGCAGGUGCCUGUGAGGCGGGCGGGUGCUGGGGGCCAGCAGGAUGGAGGAAAGCAUGGAAGAGGAGGAGGGGGGCAGCUACGAGGCGAUGAUGGACGACCAGAACCACAACAACUGGGAGGCCGCUGUGGACGGCUUCCGGCAGCCCCCGCCCCCCCCGCCACCCCGCUCGUCGAUCCCAGCCCCUGCCCGAGAGCCUCCGGGGGGGCAGCUGUUGGCGGUGCCCGCGAUCUCGGUGGACAGGAAAGGCCCCAAGGAGGGGCUCCCAAUGGGGCCGCCGCCACCGCCGGAGGCCAAUGGGGUGAUCAUGAUGUUGAAGAGCUGCGACGCGGCCGUGGCCAAGGCGGUCCCCGCCCCCACCCCCAGCUCCACCAUCAACAUCAACACCUCCACCUCCAAGUUCUUAAUGAAUGUUAUAACUAUUGAAGAUUAUAAGAGCACAUACUGGCCAAAAUUGGAUGGUGCCAUAGAUCAGCUUUUAACCCAGAGUCCUGGUGACUAUAUCCCCAUAUCCUAUGAACAGAUAUACAGUUGUGUGUAUAAAUGUGUAUGCCAGCAGCACUCGGAACAGAUGUAUAGUGAUCUGAUUAAAAAGAUAACUAAUCACUUAGAGAGAGUCUCAAAGGAGCUGCAGGCCAGCCCUCCAGAUCUCUAUAUUGAAAGAUUUAAUAUAGCUCUUGGACAAUAUAUGGGAGCACUGCAGAGCAUUGUGCCUCUUUUCAUAUAUAUGAAUAAGUUUUACAUCGAAACCAAGCUUAACAGAGACUUAAAAGAUGACCUUAUAAAGCUGUUUACGGAACAUGUUGCAGAAAAGCACAUUUACAGCCUAAUGCCUUUACUUUUAGAAGCCCAGUCAACACCAUUUCAGGUCACACCUUCAACUAUGGCAAAUAUUGUGAAAGGCCUGUAUACUCUCAGACCAGAGUGGGUUCAGAUGGCUCCAACUCUAUUUUCUAAAUUUAUUCCAAACAUUCUCCCUCCGGCGCUGGAAUCUGAACUUCCUGAAUAUGCUGCUCAAGAUCAGAAACUUCAAAGAGAACUUAUACAGAAUGGUUUCAUGAGAGGUGACCAGUCCCGCAAGAGAGCUGGGGAUGAGUUGGCUUAUAACAGCUCGUCAGCGUGUGCAGGUUCCAGAGGGUACAGAUAGUGAAUGUCUUGAAUGUACUUUCCUUCCUGAAACAAGGACACACUGGAGCUGCAGAGACUGUAUUCAGAGCACAGCGGGGUCCUCCACUCAGGAGCUCUGCCACAAAGCUGUUCUUGGAAGAGGAUGUUGGACUUCUUAUUUUGGUUUGUAAUUAAAAAAAAAAAAAAAAACCAAAAAACUAACAAACAAAAAACAACAACAAAAAAAACAGUCAGUUGCUGCUAGACUUGGGGAUGAUUUUGAAAUGGGGCAAUCUUUUAAUGAAUUUAUCUGCAGAUUCCGUGAGGAAUAAGCAUCUGGAAAAGUGACCAUUGCUAAGUGAAAUCCGGCAGCCCAAAUCAGCAGCUUCCUCCAAAAAUAUAAGAGCAGAAGAACUUUUUUUUUAAAGCACUUGUUUUGUUCAUUUGUGGACUUGGCACUUCAGUAUAUUGGUUUCACACAUAAGGAUACCUUUUGCUUUCUAAUCGAGCAGAUCGUUAACAGUCCAGUAUUUUUCACCCAUAACCAAAACAAACCCCUUUGAAAGAGUUGGUCUUUGUUUAGCAUUAGAAAGUCUUGUUAAAGGGAAAUUCUAACCCUGCUUUUGCUGUAACUCCCCCUCUCAGUUCACAACUUUUUUCUACUCUGUGCCUUGAGCUUUGUGCACUUUGCAACUCUGUGACCCUGUUAUCAAACUCACAAACGCUUCCUGAAAAAGUUUAUGGUAUCAAGGAAGGACUAGCCUGUCAGCAUGGCAGGUGUGACUUUACAGCAGGUUGCUAAAAUAAGUGGGGGAAAUAGAAACAAGUUGCACACUAGUAAGGUUUCCCCCCGCCCCACCAUGGCAUGUUUGCGUUAACGUUGGGGACCAACUCGCGUAGAACCUUUCCAUUCCCUCCAUCACUUACCAUGCUGUCACCAGUGCUGUGGCGUUGGCGUCACGCUAGUGUCGGGGCGGCCAGCACUUCAGCAGUAAUACUGUUGUAAUACUCCCCCUGUAAUACUGUUGAGAAUCAUCCAGCAGUGAAGCUGGUUCCUGUGAUGCUCUAGGAAGCAGAUACAGUUAUUAAAUCCAAAUAUAAUCAGUGUGUAGGAUUCCUGAUCCAUUUCAUUUUAAACGAGUAAGAUAAGUACUUAAAAAAGUCUGCACUCUGCAUCUUUGAAACAUCGCGUUUGAGUGUAACAGAGAAGUAGCACUGCUGUUUUAAGGCUCCCUUUCAACUGUGUUGGCAGAGCUCUGCUUUCUGUCUCUCUACCUACGGUGCUGUUCAGUUCCCUAUAAAGACUGAAGAUUAUUCUAGUUGUUGUUGAAAGGCAAAGAAAGAUAGAAAACUACGGCAAGUGAAAAAAUUUUUUUCUCAGUUUUGCUUGAUUCUAAAUUGAGCAUAUGCUUGAGUUCAUUCGGCUAUGGCAGACUAAUAUUUACUUCAGAGAGAGCAGAAGAAGAAGACAUCAGAGAUCCUAUCACACUUCUGGGUUGCAGGUUUUCCCUAAGAGGUGCCUCUGCCAAUUUAGUUUGUCUUUUUUGGGAGAGUGGGCUGGUGGGAGAGUUAGAAGUGUGAUCUUGGGAGCAAGUAAGUCAUCUAAUAGAAGUUCUAUAUUUGUAAAAUUAUUAUUCAAAGAAGUAAAAUAAAGGUUGCCAGAUUUAUUUUUUUAAGUACUUAUCAACCACGGUUGGUGGCUUUAGCGGGACUUGAAUCAGACUCAUUUAACUCUGUGAGCAUCUUGGAUUAUAUGAUAAACACUGAAUUACUGUAAGGAUAUAUACAGGCCCUCACUGGGCCUAUAUGAUUUGAUUUGCUACACCAGUAACAUUCUAGUUUCAAGGACAAAUUCUAUUUUAUCAUGAAUUCUAAAUUUUACUUUUUUCAAUGGAAUGCUUGCUGCAGGCUUAUAAGUAACACCUGCAACUGAAAUUUCUCCUGGGUGGUUUUAAUAAUAUUUCUGAAAGGAAUAAAAUUGGAAUGUUUCUUUAAAUGUGGAUGAAUUAUUCAGUAUUUAAAUAAUAUACUCAAAUGCUUUUUCUGGGAGAGAUUAUUCGUUUUUUGGCUAAUAAUGGAACUUUCCCUAUAAAAGCAUUGUAUUAUGAUGUGAAUUGGCAUUAAAAUCUUCGGAUGUUUUUGCAUUAAGUUAAUGGAGAAAUAUUGUAUAUUGUCUUCUUUUUAUUAUUAUCUUUGUGUUAACAAAAAGUGGGCAAAGUUUGCAAAAUCUAGUUUCUCUAAAUUUUUGCACAGUGAUGGCAGCCAGCUGUGGGUUAGGGCUUGGUCCUGCAAAGCCGUGAUGGGAAGGCACGAACUGCAGAAGGAACAUACUCCUUUUCCUAGUGCGUGUGACCCGGUGGUUACUUGUUUUUACCCCCUGAGAUACAUUGCAGUGUGAAGAAUCUAUUUCUUUAUUUCAAGCCAAAAUUCACCUUGCUAAUUUAAUUGGGAUUCCUAACAAAAUCUUCGCACCAUGAGAGGAAACAAGAUUUGUCCUCCAUCUUGUAUUGACUAAGCACUGUUUGCCAGAAAGUAUUUUCUUCUCUCGUUUACUUGUAUUCAUCUUGCCAGUGCAGUAUAUAGUUUUUCCACCCGUAGUUCAGUACUGGCUUUUGUGGAGUGAAGUUGCUGAAGACAGAGAACUGUACAUGCAGUGUAUUUGGCUGCAAAGUGCUGGUGUGUAUAUGCAGCCUGAGCCUUGACCCUCCAAAAGAAAGCCAGCUCAGUCACCUUAAAAGAGUGACGUGUAGAAGAAUAAAUAGAUGAUCUUGUUUUGAGAGAAUGGUACUUUUUUUUAGGUCGGCCUGAAUCUUCAGUAACAGGGCCAUCUUAUGUCCCCUGUUCUCACAGCUGCACUCUAGCCCAACAGGAGCUACUGCUUUGUUUCCUGUGGGACAGAAAGCAGAAUCGGGUGUAGUGACUCAAACCUCAUGGUUCGUAGACAGAGUUAGUGAGAGAAACUCAAACCUGGACGCAUGACUUGGACAUUAUUACAUUUUGUGGAAAAGUUCCUCUUUUUCUCCUGUCCCCUUUACAAGUUUGAGGCAGUUCCCCUCCGUGUCUUUGGGGUGUAGAUGAAAACCAGUUUGUGAGUGAGCUUGCAGAAGAAUGGGUGCCCGUGGCCGUCAACGCUGCACGUGCGUCCCCAGCGCCGCAGCCCCGCCCCGCCGCCACGCCCCUUGCUCUGCGUUAUGCUUUUUGUCGGGUUGCACAUUUUUGCACACGUAAAGAAUUCCUCAGGAAGAGUUUGCACAUGCAUCACCUCGCAAUAUUCUGUACUGACCGAAGAAGGGAUUUGAGAGUCCUUCAGCACAAGUGGAGAACUUCAGAGCGGUGGCCCGCGCACGCGUGCUAGCGGAGGCCGUGGUGACCUGGCCAACACGACCGGUGCCUGCGGAUAUGAAGUGAGCAGGGACACUUGCGUCCUAGUAUUUAAAUCAGCCUGCUUAACCUCCCAGAGUAACCCUUCCAGAUUUGUCGUCUUAUUGAGGCUGGCUGUAUUUUCUUCUGUGUGUUUGCCAUUUUAUCACAUUUAUUUCCAUGAUUAUUAUGCAAGAGUUGUCCUUAAGCUAAAAGUCAGUUGUUUAAUAAGCAGCUAUUAUUAAAAUAACUGAACAUUGUUUUAUGAAUAUACACUAAUCUGACAUAUUAAAAAAACUUUACAACUAAAAACUAACACAAAAAACCUACCUUAGCUAUCCAGUCGUCAUUGGAUGUUUUGAGUUGAUUUUUUUAUUGUGUGUCAUCGAGCUUCAGAGUACCACGUUUACUUUACUCCUGGGCCUCUUAAGGAGACUGUAAAAUUUAUGAUCGGAAUGUGACUCCCCUGACUGAUACCUGUAAGAGGGUUCUAGGACCUUUUUGGUUGUGAUCGCUGUUUUCAAGAACAUUGCAUAAGAUGAAGUUCACAUUUGUCAAGUUAAAAUAGAGGUCGUGGUAGUUGGCGGAGAAAUGGCUUUCCUAUUACUAUCAUGCCCUGAUGGUCUUUGCCCCAGCUUCCAGCCACCAGAAUAUGUGAAAGGACCCCUAUUUUUUUCCAAGGGAAGCGAUUCCUCUUCUGUCCCCACUGUUUAUUAACUAAGUCAUUCAUUGUGACACUUUCUCUCCUCCACUGGCCAAGACCCUGUUUUGAAGCUCUUUUCGGAGCUGAGUGGCACAAGCACACAUACGAUUUCUGCUUAUGUUGAUGGAGUGGCUGUGGGAGAAUUAAAAUGCUAAUCAGAGGACCCUAGUAUAUAUUGUACCCAUACUGGAUGGAAAUUAUCUUCAUUUCUGGUUGGACUGGAUUGUUUAGAAAAAUGUUAAUUCUUAUAAUUCUGGGAAAUUUAUAGUGUGGCUCUGGGGUGAAUUCUGUGGUUUGAAAAAAAUAAAUAUUUUGUAUUGAUUCCCA